AUGAAGAUUAAGGUGCUGUCGCGAUCGGAAGAGCAGUUCACGCGCGAGCGAAAGCAAGAUGUGCAAAAAGUGCACAGGAAUCUCGACCCAGCCUUACACCCUCUCGAGAAGGCGAAGGAGUAUCAACGCGCGCUCAACGCCGUGAAGCUAGACAAGGUGUUUGCCAAGCCGUUCAUGGGCGCUCUUGGUAGCCACGCGGACGGCGUCUCCGCCAUGGCGAGGAGCCCCGUCAGACUCAACUGCGUUGUUUCCGCCUCCAUGGACGGAGGUCAGUAUAGGCCUGCCCUGAACCCUGCUAGUGGUGUGCUUAUUAGCAACACUAAUGUGUUCCUCCCCCCCUUCUCCUCCCUUACCUCCCCCCUCUCUCCCCCCCUCCCUCUCCCCUCUCUUCCCCCCCCUCUCCUCCCCCCACUUCUUCAUCGUUUCUUACGUCACAUGCGCACGCUGUGCCGGUUUGUUGGGCACAGCAGGGCAGUGAGGGGCGUGGCGAUCUCGUCAGACGGGGAGACAAUGCUGUCCUGUGGUGAUGACUGCACCGUGCGCCUGUGGCAGCUACCAGCACCGGAGAUCAAAGAGUUGGGGGUGGCAGGGGGGGACGAGGAGCACGAAGCUGUUGCCACCUUCCAAGGGAAAAACGCCUUCAGAGCAGUGGACCAUAAGUGGAAGGGGCGGGUGUUUGCCACAGCAGGCGCGCAGGUGGACGUGUGGGAGCACAGCCGCUCGGACCCCAUAGCCACGUUCACAUGGGGCGCUGACUCCGUCUACUCCGUUCGCUUCAACCCUGCCGAGCCUGAUGUGUUUGCUACCACCGGCAGUGAUCGCAGCAUUUGCCUCUAUGACCUCCGCAUGUCCACACCACUGAGAAAAGUGAUCAUGCAGACCAAGACCAACUCGCUGGCUUGGAAUCCUCGAGAGCCUCUCAACUUCACUGCGGGGAAUGAGAACGGCUGCUGCUACUCAUACGACAUGCGCAAACUCAGCACCGCCUCAUUCGUGCACAAGGACCAUGUCUCUGCUGUUAUGGACAUAGACUAUUCGCCAACAGGAAGGGAGUUUGUCACAGGAUCAUACGACAGAACUGUGCGAAUAUUCCCAUAUGAUGCCAUCAAGAGUAGAGAGGUCUACCACACCAAGCGCAUGCAACGGGUGUUCUGUGUGCGGUUCAGCGGUGACGGCUCGUACGUGCUGUCGGGCAGUGACGAUGCAAACAUCCGUCUCUGGAAGGCACAGGCCUCGCAGCAACUGGGCAUACAGGUGAAGCGGGAGAAGCGCAAGGCAGAGUACAACGCUGCGUUGGUGGAGAGACACCAACACCUGCCUGAGAUUCGCCGCAUCCACAACCAUCGGCACGUGCCACGGCCCAUUCACAAUGCCAUCAAGCUGCGGGCAACGAUGGUGGCAGCAGAGAAGCGCAAGGAGGAGAACCGGCAGCGGUUCAAGAAGAAGAGCAAGGGCGUGGAGAAGAAAGACAAUAAGAAGAAGGGCGAGCGAAGGAAUAAGAUCAUUGCAGAGCUGGAGUGA